CCUCCGCUCCUCGGUGAGGCCCUGCUCAGCAGGGCGCUGGGCUGAGAAGGGAGUUCAGCCUGCCACGCGUGUCUCUGGUUGCCCACCCUGGGAACUUAACAUGACCAAGAUCAUUGCACACUGUGGCCCCACAGACCCCCUAUGGUCCAGGGGGAAGGAGACAAACCCACUAGUGCCCACAGAGUGCUUGGUGGGACAGAGACCCACGCAGAGCCUUAAGACACCACAAGGAGAGGGGGUCUGGGCCUUCCCCCAGUCAUCUGUCUUGUGCAUCAAGUCACCCCAAACUUCAGAGGCCUGAAACGCAGCAGUCACUCUGCUUCUCCCUCAUGGUUCUGGGGUUGACAGGGCUCAGCCGGGCAGUCCUCCCUUGGGGUCUCCUGGGUAGCUGUCCUCACAGAGUGGUGGGCUGGGACCUGGUGGAGGCGCCCACUCCCAUGUCUGGAAGUUGGUGCUGGCUGUGGCUUGGGCUUUAUCCCAACACGGCAGCUGGGCUCUAAGGGCCAGUGUCCCCUGAGACGUGAGAGCCAGGCAGAAGCUGGGUGACCUUUUCCUGCCAGUGUCCCCUGAGACGUGAGAGCCAGGCAGAAGCUGGGUGACCUUUUCCUGCCUCACCUCAAAAGUCACACGGUGUCUUUUCUGCCGAGUUCUGUGUGUUAGAAGCAUGUCACCAGGCCAGCCUGUGUACAGCGGGGAGAGGAAUGAGAGUCAUCUGCCUGUGGGAGGGGGGCCCAGGACCUGGCAGAAUGCUUGAAACCACAACCUAAGCUGGGAUUCGAAGAAAGAACAGAAGCACCUUCAGAAAACAUCCCGCAGAGGCAGCUUUCCGUGACACAUCCAGCCCCAGUCCACUAAGGGCCCAGCCUCACACUUAGAGACCUCGACCCAGAGGCUCGGGGCGCCGUGUGUACAGAGCGGCUGUGCACCAAGGCCACCAGCUGCUGGAGACUUUAGCAUGGUGUAGCAAGGGCUAGAGCGGUACUGUGUGUGCUCAGUGAGGCAAGGCUGCUGGGGCAGCAAAGGGACAGGACAGCUGGAGCCCCUGCUGUCCCGGUUCACUGAGGAGGAGGAGCUACAGAUGACGAGGAUGCUACAGCGGAUGGAUGUCCUGGCCAAGAAAGCCACAGAGGUGGGCGUGCGGCUGAUGGUGGACGCCGAGCAGACCUACUUCCAGCCGGCCAUCAGCCGCCUGACGCUGGAGAGGCAGCGCAAGUUCAAUGUGGAGAAGCCGCUCAUCUUCAACACGUACCAGUGCUACCUCAAGGAUGCCUAUGACAAUGUGACCCUGGGCGUGGAGCUGGCUCGCCGUGAGUGCUGGCGUUUUGGGGCCAAGCUGGUGCGGGGCGCCUACCUGGCCCAGGAGCGAGCCCAUGCGGCAGAGAUCGGCUAUGAGGACCCCAUCAACCCCACGUACGAGGCCACCAACGCCAUGUACCACAGGUGCCUGGACUACGUGCUGGAGGAGCUGAAGCACAACGCCAAGGCCAAGGUGAUGGUGGCCUCCCACAACGAGGACACAGUGCGCUUCACGCUGCGCAGGAUGGAGGAGCUGUGCCUGCAUCCCGCUGACCAUCAGGUGUACUUUGGACAGCUGCUAGGCAUGUGUGACCAGAUCAGCUUCCCGCUGGGUGAGUGGGGCCCUCCCUGGUGUGAUGGGGUGCGGUUCUGGGCCUGUACCUCAUGGCGUAUCUGCCCCCAUGCAGGCCAGGCCGGCUACAAGUACGUGCCCUACGGCCCCGUGAUGGAGGUGCUGCCCUACUUGUCCCACCGCGCCCUGGAGAACAGCAGCCUCAUGAAGGGCACUCGGCAGCUGCUGUGGCUGAAGCUUUUGCGGUGGCUCCGAACUGGCAGCCUCUUUCAUUGCCGCACCUAGCACCCGCCAGCCCACCCUCGGCCUCCAGGCCCCACCCUGGGCCAUCACCACAGCUGCAGCCAACCCCAUCCUCACACAGAGUCACCUUUUUUCACUCCACAUUUGCAGAGCUGCUGGAGGUGGGGUCAGGUGCCUCCCAGUCCUGCCCAGGGUCUGGGCACUCAGGUGUGGGCCAAACCUGCUACCUGCCUGGGAUAGCUGCAGGGAACGGUUGGGAACUCUCCCCGGAUGUGUGGGCCCAAGGCCCCCACCUCUGUGACCCCCAUGUCCUUGGGCCUAGAGGAUUGUCCGCCUUCUGCCAGGGCCAGCCCACACAGCCCGAGCCCCUCGGGGAGCAGAGGCCGGGCUGGGGAGGCCCUGCCUGGUCAAUAAACCACUGUUGCUGCA